GACUGGAAGCAGAAAAGUCACCAAGAGGAUCUUAUGCUGGACUGGAAUCAGAAAGGUCACCAAGAGGCUCAUCUGCAGGACUGGAAGCAGAAAGGUCACCAAGAGGAUCUUAUGCCGGACUAGAAGCAGAAAGGUCACUAAGAGGCUCAUCUGCCGGACUGGAAGCAGAAAGAUCACCAAGAGGCUCAUCUGCUGGACUGGAAGCAGAAAGAUCACCAAGAGGCUCAUCUGCUGGACUGGAUGCAGAAAGGUCACCAAGAGGCUCCUCUGCUGGGCUGGAAGCAGAAAGGUCACCAAGAGGAUCUUAUGCCGGACUAGAAGCAGAAAGGUCACUAAGAGGCUCAUCUGCCGGACUGGAAGCAGAAAGAUCACCAAGAGGCUCAUCUGCUGGACUGGAAGCAGAAAGGUCACUAAGAGGAUCUUAUGCUGGACUGGAAGCAGAAAGGUCACCAAGAGGCUCAUUUGCAGGACUUGAAGCAGAAAGGUUACCAAGAGGAUCUUAUGCUGGACUGGAAGCAGAAAAGUCACCAAGAGGCUCAUCUGCUGGGCUGGAAGCAGAAAGGUCACCAAGAGGCUCAUCUGCCGGACUUGAAACACAAUGGUCACCAAGAGGAUCUUAUGCUGGACUAGAAGCAGAAAGGUCACCAAGAGGAUCUUAUGCUGGACUUGAAGCAGAAAAGUUACCAAGAGGAUCUUAUGCUGGACUUGAAGCAGAAAGAUCACCAAGAGGCUCAUCUGCCGGACUUGAAACAGAAAGGUCACCAAAAGGCUCAUCUGCAGGACUGGAAGCAGAAAGGUCACCAAGAGGAUCUUAUGCUGGACUAGAAGCAGAAAAGUCACCAAGAGGAUCUUAUGCUGGACUGGAAGCAGAAAGGUCACCAAGAGGAUCUUAUGCUGGACUUGAAGCAGAAAGGUCACCAAGAGGCUCAGCUGAUGGAAUAGAACCAAUGUCAGUUGAAGAACCCAACCAGAAUGAAUCACUAACAGUCAAUGAAACAGCAGCCCAACAAUACUCAAAAACAGAACCUCAAACUCGAAGGUCAUUUGGGGCUGACCUGAUCAGUUUCUUUGCACGUCGGCUCAGUAAUCAACCCACACAAGAAGUCUCAUUGGAAGAUAAUGUCAAUUAUACAAAACCUAUUGACUCAACUGUACAGGGCUCAUUAGCAGACCAAGUCAUUUCUUCACCAAGAAGUACAUCUCCUGGUCUAGAUGCAGAGAGGUCACCAAGAGGGUCUGCUACAAGUAUCAAAGGAGAGCCAUACAUAGAAACAGAAAUAGACAGGUUACUCAGAAGUUCAUCACCAGGUAAAGAAGCAGAUGCUUCACCAAGAGAAUCUUUAUUAGGCCUAGAUACAUUACCGAGAAGGUCUAUUUCAGAAGUAGAAAAAGAGAUCUCUCCUAGAGGAUCAUUUACAGGAUUAGAAAAACUGGCUUCAGCUCUUGUUGAAAUUCAGGAUUCGGACUUGCAAAAUGAUGAACGACAACCAGAACUUCUUCACCCUCGCAAGUCUAUCGGAGCAGAAGUUUUGGACUUCUUGGUUCGUAGACUCAGCACUCAAUCUACAUCUUAUGAUGUUAAUGAGGAAAGAACUUUGUCCCCUGCAGGUCUGGAAUCAGAAAACUUAUCAAGAGUAUCUCCAAGAGGAUCUCCAGCAAAUCUGGAAAUUUCAACCUCACCCAGAAGUUCGACAGCUGGAUUAGAAGAAUCGCAGACUCAGAUCACGGAAUCAGAAGUGUUGGACUUUUUGGUACGUAGACUGAGUAAUAAAACUUUGUCUGAUGAAGAUGAUACAAUAUCGCCCAACCUAGAAAAUGAAGGAACCACCAUAUUACCUCAAAAGUCACUGGAAAAUAUAUUUGAUAAUCGAGCAUCAAUAUCCUCAUCUGUGGAUGAGGAAAUCAUAAACAUUUUGACGUCCCGAAAGAUAUCAAAAGAACUAUCAAGUCCUUUGGAGACAGCAGAUGGCCCAGCUGUGGAAGAACUAAAUGUCACAGAUCAGCUGUCACACACACCUAGCUUGGAUGAAGCACAGGCCGAAAGUGUGUUGAGCAUACCCCAUGAACCACAGGCAGAACAUCUACAACAUCGUAAGUCAAUUGGGGCGGGGAUACUGGACUUCUUAGUCCGCAGGCUUAGUAGCAAAUCUCCAGUGGAUCAUGAUAACCAGGGUGUUGAGGAACCAAGUAUGCUUGAACCCGAAACAGAAGUAUACAGUUCCCCGAGAGCUUCACUGGUCAGUCCAGAAAUUAAGAUAGAAGUCUCAGAAUAUGAUGAUGUUCAAGAAGCAAACAAAUCUCAUAGAGGAUCAGACGCUAGUAUUCAUUCUUAUAAAUCAUCAGUUGAUGAUCCAGAGAUGUUUAAAACUCCAAGGCAAUCAAUAACAGACCCUAUUUCAGCUACAGAACUCCAAGAAGAGAUUGAAAUGAAGUCUGAAUGCUCUCCAAGGGGUUCAGCAGCAGGAUUGGAGGUUCAGAAAUCUCCAAGAGGUUCAACAGCAGGAUUGGAGGUUCAGAAAUCUCCAAGAGGUUCAACAGCAGGAUUGGAGAUUCAGAAAUCUCCAAGAGGUUCAACAGCAGGUCUGGAGGUUCAGAAAUCUCCAAGAGGUUCAACAGCAGGAUUGGAGGUUCAGAAAUCUCCAAGAGGUUCAACAGCAGGUCUGGAGGUUCAGAAAUCUCCAAGAGGUUCAACAGCAGGUCUGGAGGUUCAGAAAUCUCCAAGAGGUUCAACAGCAGGAUUGGAGAUUCAGAAAUCUCCAAGAGGUUCAACAGCAGGUCUGGAGGUUCAGAAAUCUCCAAGAGGUUCAACAGCAGGUCUGGAGGUUCAGAAAUCUCCAAGAGGGUCAACAGCAGGAUUGGAGAUUCAGAAAUCUCCAAGAGGUUCAACAGCAGGUCUGGAGGUUCAGAAAUCUCCAAGAGGUUCAACAGCAGGUCUGGAGGUUCAGGAACCUCCAAGAGGUUCAACAGCAGGUCUGGAGGUUCAGAAAUCUCCAAGAGGUUCAACAGCAGGAUUGGAGAUUCAGAAAUCUCCAAGAGGUUCAACAGCAGGUCUGGAGGUUCAGAAACCUCCAAGAGGUUCGACAGCAGGUCUGGAGGUUCAGAAAUCUCCAAGAGGUUCAACAGCAGGAUUGGAGAUUCAGAAAUCUCCAAGAGGUUCAACAGCAGGUCUGGAGGUUCAGAAAUCUCCAAGAGGUUCGACAGCAGAAUUGGAGAUUCAGAAAUCUCCAAGAGGUUCAACAGCAGGAUUGGAGGUUCAGAAAACCCCAAGAGGUUCAACAGCAGGAUUGGAGGUUCAGAAAACCCCAAGAGGUUCGACAGCAGAAUUGGAGAUUCAGAAAUCUCCAAGAGGUUCAACAGCAGGAUUGGAGGUUCAGAAAACCCCAAGAGGUUCAACAGCAGGAUUGGAGGUUCAGAAAACCCCAAGAGGUUCAACAGCAGGAUUGGAGGUUCAGAAAACCCCAAGAGGUUCAACAGCAGGAUUGGAGGUUCAGAAAACCCCAAGAGGUUCAACAGCAGGAUUGGAGGUUCAGAAAACCCCAAGAGGUUCAACAGCAGGAUUGGAGGUUCAGAAAACCCCAAGAGGUUCAACAGCAGGAUUGGAGGUUCAGAAAACCCCAAGAGGUUCAACAGCAGGAUUGGAGGUUCAGAAAACCCCAAGAGGUUCAACAGCAGGAUUGGAGGUUCAGAAAACCCCAAGAGGUUCAACAGCAGGAUUGGAGGUUCAAAAAUCCCCAAGAGGUUCAACAACAAACCGUGAUGCUCCGACCUCUGAAGCCGAGCCGGAGGUCCAACUCAGGUCCAAGAGCUCCGCCUCGAGAGACGCCACGCAGCAGAACCGCCGGUCACUGAUCAAGUAUAUCAACGACCAAGAGGACAACCUGCCGGAGAUCUGUUCCAGCCCCGAGACAGUCGAACUCGCCCAGGCCUCAGACACAGAGGAUACCCUGGACCUCAUAGGCUCCACGACGGACAAUGAGAGCGACUCCGACCUGGAGACCGUUCUCAACAUCACAGAUCUGGACUCGCCGGACGCAGUGGGCCAGGAGCUGGAGCCCUUCAAGAAUAAGGCUCUUUCUUCGAGUCGAACCAAGAUCAAUGUUGCGCAUUCCGGAAGAGGGGAUGGUUAUUACACGGACCCUGAGCCUACUCUGGCUAAGGGUAAACAGAGCAGUGUUUACAUUGAGGAGUCACCUAGUAUUAUCAUUGCUUUGUACGAUCACAUUAUGACCAUUUUGACACUACCUGACUUGUCUCUGGAUGAAUAUAGCAUCACGCAAGUCAGUAAAUCUAAACUAACCGAGUCAAGUCAGCAACUCAGCAGGCGCGAUUCUCCGCCAGCCAUUGAGAGUCAGGUCCCUCGACCCCUCUCUGAGCCAGAUGCGGAUAAGACGGUAAGAGAACCUGGGCACGAGGAGGAGACUUUAACUCUUUCAUCAAACACUGUUGCAGGAAAGGGAAAGUCGAAGUGGAACAUCAUGCCUAAUGUGAGCCGGUUGGAUACCACUGUUCAGGAGUACCAGAAGAAGAAGUCUUUGAAUGAAAUCUCCGCAGUAACCUUCUGCGGGUGUGGGUUCUUGGGAGUGUACUUGGUCGGCGCGGCCACGUACCUUCAGGAACGCGCCCCUUGGCUCCUCCGCGGACGCAUCGGGGGCUCCUCCGUCGGGUCCCUCAUUGCCACUUGCAUCGUGUGCAACAUUCCCUUGCAGGUCAUCCGCGACAACCUCUUGGCCACGGCGAAGGCCUCCCGCUCCUUCUUCCUGGGGCCGUUGAACCCUGCUUUCCCCAUCGAAGAACCUCUGCUGAAGAACCUGCUGAAGAUCCUGCCAGAGGACGCCCAUCUCCGAGCUUCAGGGCGGCUCUACCUCUCCCUCACUCGGGCCAACACGCUUACGAAUGAGGUCGUGAAUCACUACAAGUCAAGAGAGGAGUUAGUGCGUGCUGUUCUCUGCUGCUGCUUCCUGCCGGGCAUCUCUGGGUUCUCUGUGCCCUCCUUCCACGGACGCAGGUACCUCGACGGCGGCAUGACCAACAACAUGCCUCUGAAGGGCCCCAACACCCUCGCCAUCAACGCCUUCGCCGGGGAGUUCGACGUGUGCCCGAUGGACAACGAGUACCAGACCAAGUGGCUCACGACGGCCCUCAACCAGACACUGGAAAUGACCAUGAUUAACUUGCGCCGCUUCUUCUUGGCCCUGGUGCCUCCCAACCCCGAGGAGCUGGACGAGUUCUACUGGCAGGGCUACGAGGAUGCCAAGAGGUGUUUGGCUGACAGGGUUUGA